AUGAAUGACUACAUAAAUCAAACAUCUAUUGAAUCUUUUGAAACACGAAGACAAAGAAUAGCUAAUGAAUUUUAUCAAAAAGUUAGACAAGCUAUUGAAGAGAAUAAUGAUAAUAUUUAUAUAAAUAAUAGAAUUAAAAAGAUUACAGCAAUUGAAACUGUCAGAAAUAAUGAUGAAAUUAUGAAUAUUAUUUUAAGAAAUAUACCUAGUUUUAAAGAUAGAUUACAUAUUCAAUUAUCAUGUAAACAUUUUUAUUCAUUAUGUAAUAAUGGUCGUUCAUAUCUUCCUCAAUUUGAGUAUGAAAAAUAUACAAAAGAAGUUUUAUGUGUUAAAAAUUAUAAUGAUGAAUUUAUAACAUUCUUAGAUGGGACUGUAACAUUUCAUAUACCAAUUUUUAACGAUGACAUCCUAUCGAUGUUAAAUGAAUCAAAAAAUAAAGUACAAACAUUUUUAUCAUUAUCAAAUGCUUUAGUUUUUAGUAGACUUCCUAAUACAUAUUUUGAUUUUUUUAAUGGUGUAGGAAGUUUUUUAAAUAUAAAGGUACUUAGUUUAACAAUAGAAUAUUUAAACUCUGAAACUAUAAAAUUUUUUAAAAUACUUUCAAAUAUAAAAUCACAUACAUUAUAUUUAGCAAUUUUAAAUGGUGAUAGAGAUUUAAAUUUUGAUUUAUUAGUAUCAAAUAAUGAUUUAAAAAUUUCAAAAACUAUUAAACAUAUGUAUUAUCAAAGAGGAAGACAUUUUUUAGAAGUAGUAUUACAUUUACUUAAAAGUUGUAAUAUAGAACAACUUGAAACAUUAGAAUUUCCACAUAUUGGUAAACCACAUAAUAUUAAUGAAGAAAAUUUAUUCUUACAAUUUUUACCAUAUGUUAAAAAUAUAAAGUUUAAUGAAACUAUUUCUAAACAAGAUUAUUCCUCUCAACAUUUUAAAGAUUUUUUUGCUUCAACUACCAUAUUUAAAGAUCCCAAAGUAACAUUAAGAUAUCAAAUAAAUAUAAGGUUUUCUGAUGCAGAAUUUGGUCGCUAUUAUGAAAGUUUAACCAGAAAUAGUACUCGAAUUGAUAAUGAGAGUACUAGACAAAAUAUUGAAGCUGGUUACAUAUCAAUAACUAAUUUAUGUCUUGGAAAUAUUUUAUUUUAUGACACAAAUUCUAAAUUAUCUGAUGAAGAGUUAUCAGCUUUCGCAAAUGAUUUAUUAAAAAUGAAGAAUUUGAAAACAAUACAAACAAGAUUUUUAACAUUUAGUUCCCCUAAUCAUUUCACCUAUUUUUGUAGAUCAUUAAAUAGAAAUAUAGAAAAUAUUAAAUUAGAAAAAUGUUCAUAUAUGUCUAUACAUCAUUUGGAGGAGAUAGCAAGAAAUUGCAAAUAUGUUAAAAAUUUAAUAUUAGAAGAGGUUACCUCUGAAACAAUAACAUUAAAUUCUAUAAAUUUAUUAUUUAAAAAUUUAAUUGGUCUUCAAAUUAAUUUUGAUAGUUGUUAUGAUGUUUCUAAAAUUAUUAAUGACUUAACAAAAAGAGAUGAAGACGGUGUUUUAAAAGUAGCCUGGUCACAACUUCAUUUUCUUAAUAUUAAUUGUGCCUAUCCAAAAAGUAAUGAAAGAUAUAUAUUACAACAGUUGGCUAAAAAUACCCCAAGAAAAUGUGGUCAACUAUUAAUUCAGUAUUUGAAACCAUCAAUUUGUGUUAAAGAAUAUGUUUUAAGAAUUAUCAUGCAACGUAGUACAUUAUCAUGUACUAAAUUUAAAAGUUCUUUUGCAAAAACCUAUCUUUUAGGUUGA